GCGCCAGUAAACGCAAUAUGGUGCACACACGUAUAAAUGUUUUUAAAUAUAAAUGUAUAAUGUAUUUAUAUCAUGGGUGCACAUAAUCCGAAUGAGUGGCACCAAAAAAGUUCGCACACAGUGUGAACUAACUGUAUUACGAUUUUUCAUCGUAAACGUGACGUACUGUGACGUUAUUGAUUGAACUAGGCUGAUCUGAUAACAGAGCGAGGAUCAUUUGUGUCGAAGAAGAUCGUAUAAACAUUAUAGAAACAUGUUUAAACACAAAUGGAUAUUGGAGGCCGCGAAUCCCAAGUCUAUCGUCAGCUGUCACUUUUAUCUGGCAUGUGCGCAAGCUUCAACAGAGAGUAACAAAGGAUUCUCUGAGAAACUAGCAAAAGGUCCACAAUUUGAGGACUUUCUAAAAAACGAUAUUAAAGAGUAUAAUGGCAAAUUAAAAUUAGAAAUAGGCGAGUCGGAACGGUUGAAACUACCACCAUGGCUGAAAACAGAGAUACCUGUGGGAAAGAGUUAUAGUAGAAUAAAGGCGCAACUGAGGCAAUUACGACUAAGUACAGUUUGCGAAGAAGCCAGAUGUCCUAACAUCGGGGAAUGCUGGGGUGGAAGCAGUCAUAAUACAGCAACAGCUACUAUUAUGUUAAUGGGAGACACAUGCACUCGUGGCUGCCGUUUCUGCUCUGUCAAAACUGCACGUAAACCACCGCCGUUAGAUGAGGAAGAACCCAUCAAUACUGCUAGCGCAAUAGCUGCCUGGAAUUUGGAUUAUAUUGUUUUAACAUCCGUAGAUCGUGACGAUUUAAAAGAUGGUGGAGCUAGCCAUAUUGCAUGUACUGUUAAAGAAAUAAAAAAGAGAAGCAACAUACUAGUGGAAUGCCUGGUACCAGACUUCAGAGGUGAUGAAAACUGUAUCGCUACGAUUGUAAAUUCUAAUCUGGAUGUGUUUGCACAUAAUAUCGAGACCGUAGAGCGUUUAACUCCCUUUGUUCGUGAUAUGCGCGCUCGCUAUAGACAGUCACUGGCUGUAUUAAAAACAGCUAAACAGUUAAACCCCAAUUUAAUUACGAAAUCAUCGAUAAUGCUGGGGUUAGGUGAAACUGACCAAGAAGUCGAACAAACUAUGCAGGAUCUAAAGAAUGCUGAUGUGGAUGCUAUAACAUUGGGACAGUAUAUGCAACCUACCAAAAGACACUUAAGAGUCAUUGAAUAUGUAACACCUCAGAAAUUCAAAGCGUGGGAAAAUGUGGGGAAUCAAUUAGGUUUUUUGUAUACUGCCAGUGGUCCAUUAGUUCGAUCAUCUUAUAAGGCUGGAGAAUACUUCUUAACAAAUAUAUUAAAACAUCGGAAGAAACAGCAGACUGAUGUGUGACUAUAUUAUGAAUAAAUAUGUUAUGAAUAAAAAAUACGAGAAUGUAGAUAAAUAUUUAAUUGAGACA